UGUGGCUGCCGAUGACGCUUCCGAGGAGCAGACAACAACAACAAGAGCCAGAGGAGCAGAGACCGUGAGGAGCUCGUGUUAUUGUGUCGAAAGAUUGACUGAGGCUCAACCAUGCCUGUGGCCUCCACCAGGACAGAGCCUGUGCCCCAGGUGUUGGACGUGAUGAGUGACAGCACAACCAGCUCGACCACGGCCAAUGACCUGGACCUCAUCUACCUCAAAGGAAUCAUGGAGAGCCCUCAGGAGCACGAGGAGAGCCUGAGGGAGCCACACCUCUCGCCGGUGAGGGAGAACAACGUGGAGCUCCUGCUGGAGAUCCUCAGAGAUCUGGACCCCUUCACGCACCGUUCGGACACUGCAGCUGAGCUUUCCCACAUACUCACACAGCCUCAUUUCCAGUCUUUACUGGAGACUCAUGACUCAGUGGCAUCCCAGACAUGUGAUAGCCCACCCCCUAGCCCCUGUGAUGUAGUGGAUCAUGAACCAGAGGAUGGCCACACUCACAGCCAGCACCCACCACCUGAUGCAAUCCGCAUGGUGGGCAUACGCAAAGUGGCAGGGGAGCAUCUGGGGGUGACAUUCAAGGUGGAGGCUGGUGAGCUGGUGAUAGCCCGCAUCCUUCAUGGUGGUAUGAUAGAUCAGCAAGGACUGCUGCAUGUUGGAGAUAUCAUCAAAGAGUUGAAUGGAAGAGAGGUGGGUCAAGAUCCCAGGGUGAUCCAGGAGGAACUGCAAGCAGCCAGCGGAAGUGUGGUUCUGAAGAUACUGCCCAGCUACCAUGAAGCCAUACCUCCAAGACAGGUGUUCUUUAAAUGUCACUAUGACUAUGACCCGGCCAAUGACAACUUAAUUCCAUGUAAGGAGGCGGGCCUAAGGUUUGAGACAGGGGACAUCCUGCAGAUAGUCAAUCAGGAUGAUGUCAACUGGUGGCAGGCCCGUCAUGUGGAGGGGGGUAGCACAGGGCUGAUUCCCAGUCAGAUGCUCGAGGAGAAAAGGAAAGCAUUCGUCAAGAGAGAUGUGGAACUGGCACCAGCAGGAAAUCUUUGUACUGGUGUUGGAGGGAAGAAGAAGAAGAAAAUGAUGUACGUGACCACCAAAAAUGCAGAAUUUGACAGACAUGAGAUAUUGCUGUAUGAGGAGGUAGCCAAGGUCCCACCUUUCAAGAGGAAAACUCUGAUUGUGAUCGGUGCCCAGGGUGUGGGGAGGCGGAGACUGAAGAACAUGCUUCUACUGAAAGAUCCGCAGCUCUUUGGUACCACCAUCCCAUAUACCUCCAGAAAGCCCCAAAAAGGGGAGCGGGAAAGUCGGAUGUAUGCCUUCACCAGCCGCAGCAAAAUGGACACUGAUAUCAAGAACGGGCGCUACCUUGAACACGGGGAGUAUGACGGCAGCCUCUAUGGAAUCAAGAUCGACUCCAUACAUGAGGUGGUGGAGGCAGGACGCAUCUGCAUUCUGGAUGCCAACCCUCAGUCUCUCAAAGUGCUGAGGACCUCUGAGUUCUUACCCUACGUGGUGUUCCUCCAGUCUCCAGACUUCGAGGUGCUGAAGGCAAUGAACCAGUCUGCUGUAGACGCAGCGGUUGUAACUAAAACACUGACGGAUGAAGAACUGCAGAAGACGUGUGACGAGAGUGCUAAAAUCCAGGCAGCGUACGAUCACUUCUUUGAUCUCAGCAUCAUUAAUGACAACCUGGAUGAGACCUACCGCACGGUCAAAGCCGCCCUGGAAACGGUGUCCAAAAACCCACAGUGGGUCCCCGUCACCUGGGUGUUCUAGAAAGAGGGGGAGGAGGAAGGAGGAGAGGAGGAAUGUAAGGAGCAAGAAAGAAAGCAAAGGCACUGAAAAUAUUCCACUGUCUAAAUAAUGGAUGUUGUUAUUUAGAGUUUCAUACAUUUCCACAGAGAUUUAGUUUGCCCUUAGCAGUAGCUUUGCAUGAGGAAACGUUUUUAUCACUAAAGCAACAGCUCUGCAGGAUAAAUUACAGAAUAUUUUUUUGAAAAAGUGUAGAAUUAGACAUCCACAGUUACACAGGAUUGUAUUUUGAGGACAGGAAUGAAGGACAAGAAAAAACGAGGGGUGGAACAAAAGAAUGAAGCCCUGAAAUUACAGAUUUCACAUACACGUCAUUCAACUUUUAGUGUGUGAGCUUGUGUGUGUGUGUGUGUGUGCGUGCAGAUUUUUAAAAUGUUUGCAUGUUUUUAAAUGAUUUGUGCCAUUAAUGAUGAUCAUCAGCAGACUGUCAUUGUUUACAUUUCAUGAGAGUUGACAAUGCUGAUGGUCACACUUGAUCUACAAACUAUGGAUCAAAACUACUUUAUCAGACAAAACAUUGAACCUAUAAACUCGAUUACUUGACUUGACCUUUUCAGUUAUAAGCAAAUCUAAUAUCAAUACAAAGGUGGAAUACAAUAAAACACAUGCAGCACUUCUGUUGCUUUAUACUGAAACAGUUCAGUGUGAUCAGCUGCUGACAGUAGCAAGUUAACCUCAUCAUCUCAUUCUGUCAGUGGUAAUGAGUGAAGGUUUGCUUCUCUUGUCUUGUUUUUUUUUGUUUAGUGUAGUUACACAUUAUACACACACACUGCCAGGAUAAAGAGAGGACAAGACCCAUCUCAAACCAUAUUUGGGGUUAAAGGGGGAUAUGUUGUAUUGUCACAUAUAACAGCUAUGUGUUAGUGUUAAGACUUUAGUGAUUGACCUAUCUGUGUAAGUGUUUUAACCAGCAACACACUGAACUGAAGAGAUUCAGAAUCUGUGCGGAUCCUCAUGGCCAAAUUAUGUAAUGUGUUACUGAUGCACGUAUUAUGCACUUGCCUGCUACAGCAGGUCACCAAUACAUCCCUGAGCAAAGUCACUACGCCACCAAACUUCUAAAACCCAAUAGACAUGCAGAUUCAUUUUGUUGCACCACUUUUAUUGAGUGAACAGGCACCUACACCUGGGCUUCACUUAAGACUGUCACCAAACACAUUAGGAAUUACAUUUGAGAGUAUCUCGUGUAUUUCCUUCGAAAUAAUUGACUUCAUUGGGUGUUUGCCUGCCAGCGGUAUUCCCAUUAUUUUAUUGGUGCUGGAACUGCCAGCCAAUAGUGUGUGGGUAGGUGGGGGGUGGUUGAUGCUAACACAAUGUGGCAAUUUACAAAAAAAAAAAAAUAUAGUACAUGAACACAUAUCACAUCAGUCCCCAGUCAGACAAUAAUAAUGAGCACACAUUUUUGUCACCCACGACCCCCAGUAUGGUUUACAGAAGAACCAGUCCAUAGUGAAAACCCUGCCAUACAAACACACCUUUUCACACAGUAACCAUUGUACAGAGGCUUGAUUUGAUGACGACAUUGUAUUUCAUAAGAUACACGCUAUUGUUCCUAAUUUGCACUUUUUAUUUUGUCGCAUAAUUCAAAAUCUUUGUUGUAUUUGUUCUCUCAGUUGUACACAGUUUGUAGAUUGCAUCUUAGAUACACACUGAUAUAAUAGAUACUGGUAUAGUAGGUAUGAGAUUCUUGCCUUGUAUUUACAGUAUGUGACACUUUUGUGAUAACUUUCUGAAUGUCAGUAAAUACAUGUAUAGUGGCCUUCGAGUGAACAGCACAACUGAAAGCUUCACAAAAAAAUUGUGUUGUCUCAUUUGCUUUUCUGCUGUUGUGUGGUGCUCCUCCCUUUAGGCCACCGUACAUGUAACACUGUCCACGGUGCCAACCGCAAAGAGCUCCUUGAGCAGCUUGUUUGUACUCAGAUCUUUAGUUGUGGCAGCUACUGAAGACUUUUUAUGUACGAUGAUAAAUUGAUGUGUGUCACUCAGAGGUACUGACUAAUGACUGACAGGUAUUUUGCUCUCUGCUCAAUGCUUUGAAAAGUGGCUUCAGCUGAUUUUUGUCUGGCAGCUAUAUUUGGAUCUGUGAAGUGUUUGGUGUUGAUAUUCACACAUUUGUUUCUCUCAAGAACAUCCCAAAACCUCACUGUGUCCUUUUUUUUCUAUGAAGUCUCACAAAUGCAAUAAACCCAUGUUGUCUGUAUCUUCACUCAUUCAGUGCAAUUAUAACUCUGAAGUUAUUUGGCAAUGCUACAUGACAAGCACAUUAAUUUAGGCUAAAAGAAAUGUUAAAUUAAAGGGCACUCCAUUCGAUGUGGUAUUGAUUUUUCAUGUUUGGCAAAGUACAAUAUACAAAUUAAAAACCACUAUGUUUUCGUAAGCUUGUACAGGUCAAGCACUAAAACCCUGAAUCCUGGAUUUCCCAAAAUGCAACUCAGUAGCAUCCAUGUUUUUCAAUCCCAAGCAAAUUACAUCAUGGAGAAUGAAUGUCUAUUCAACUGAAUGCCCCUUCAAAAUGACUGGUCUGCAUUUCAAAUAACACCUAGUCCUGUCAGUCACAGUGAAAUGUGGUUGACAGUUGUUUAGGCCUGGAAUGAAUGAGUGAUCAACAACAAAGUGUCGAUUUUUCCAGAUUGCUCUCAUACUUUGACAAGUGUAUUUGUUGAAAUCUCGGCCAAUCAGAAGAGCAGAAAGACUCCACAGAAAAUAUCAGCAGCAGCCUUCAGAAAACACACAACUCUAAAACCAGACGGCUUGAGGCCUGUAUUUUUGUUGUAGGACUGAUGAUUGUAGAAUCAGAUGUUGAUGCUUCUGUCUGUACUGAAUAAAUUAUUGAUUUGAAA